CAAAAAGCGAGCGUGUUGUCGAGGAGUUAGCCCUCAGAAUCUCUCCAUAUCUCAACUUUGAGAGAAAGUUCAAUAACCAUAACAAAAGGACGUGGACUACACAGACCCUCAGUUUUCCUGAUUCCACUCUGAAUGUAAUCACAUCUUGGAGCGGUACCUCCAGCUGAACGCUUUCUUUAAAUUGAGAGGAUUUCGUUUGUUUACCUGAAAUGCGUAUUUUUGCAGGCUCUGCUGGUUCGUUCUUUUAAAACAUUUCGUUUACCAGGGUUGCUACAUUUUUGCAUCGCUAACAUUUAUUUUCUUCUUUAUUGUAUCACUUUUUAUUUGGGGGAAAGUUGUUAUGAAGACCACUUAAACAUCCACGUUCGCCCUUACUAUGGAAGGAUCCAGCGGGUCUAGUUUUGGAAUAGACACUAUUUUAUCCUCGGCCAAUUCUGGUAACCCUGUACUAAUGAACGGAGAUUUUCGCCUCAGUGACAGCAGGACAGCGGAUUUCAGGAGCCAAGCAACGCCGUCACCAUGCUCGGAGAUAGACACGGUGGGCACUGCCCCUUCGUCCCCCAUCUCGGUCACCAUGGAGCACCCCGAUCCGCAUAUGGUGCAAGAGAGCCUCCAGCACCAUCAUCUCCAUCAUCACAACCAGGCGCAAAGUUUGCAGCUCUCGCCCCAACAGCAGCAGCAGCUCGCAGCGGCUGGCUGUGUACCACGGACUGCCACUUCUUCAUUUUUAAUCAAAGACAUUUUGGGCGACAGCAAGCCGCUCGCAGCAUGCGCACCUUACAGCACCAGUGUGCCCUCACCUCAUCACACCCCCAAAGCGGAACAUUGCUCACCUGCAGACGGCUUCAGGCCCAAACUGGAUCAAGAUGAAAACAGAGGAAAGCUGGACAAAAGAGAUGAUAUUCAGAAUGACAUGAAAUGUAACGGAACAAAAGAAGAAGAAGACCGUGAGAUCUCCAGCAGCAGAGACAGCCCGCCGUCGCGCUCCAAGAAGCCCCGCAAGGCGCGGACAGCCUUUUCUGACCAUCAGCUCAAUCAGCUGGAACGCAGCUUCGAGCGCCAGAAGUACCUCAGUGUGCAAGACCGCAUGGACCUUGCGGCCGCACUCAACCUUACUGACACGCAGGUCAAAACCUGGUACCAGAACCGACGGACGAAAUGGAAGAGGCAGACCGCUGUCGGAUUAGAACUCUUGGCCGAAGCUGGAAAUUAUUCUGCCUUACAAAGAAUGUUUCCGUCGCCCUAUUUCUACCACCCGAGUCUCUUGGGGACCAUGGACAGCACAACAGCAGCCGCCGCAGCAGCGGCCAUGUACAGUAGUAUGUACCGGACUCCUGCCGCCCCGCAUCCUUCUCUUCAAAGGCCACUUGUCCCCAGGGUGCUCAUCCAUGGCCUUGGGCCUGGGGGGCAACCAGCGUUAAACCCACUGGCAAACGGGAUUCCACGGUAAAAAAAAAGAGAGAAAAGAAUUCAAAGACAAUUAAAACAGUUUUCUUUUUUCCACAUGAGAUGUAUGGGACUGCGCCGAAUUCUGAAAAAGACAAACCUUUUAAAAAAGACAAUUUAUAGACCGUUUUACGGAUGAAGAGCAAAAAGUACUAUUUAAUAUGAACUGACGUGAACACGGACACUCACAAAGACCAUGACAGAAAAAGGACUGUUCUCAUGUCUGUCUGUUUCUGUUUUUGUUUUAUUUUGUACAAAUACACUUAUACUAGCAAAUAAACUUAUAAAGUUUAUUAGAUGGAAAGAAAGGGUUGAAUAAAGUCCGACUGAAAACUAAA